AUGGAUUUUAAUGGAACAUGGCAAAUGUAUGUCCAAGAGAAUCCAGAAGAGUUUCUCAAAGCGAUAUCCGCACCAGAAAUUUUCCUGAAGAUGAUCAAGGAAGUCAAGCCGGUGACAACAAUACAACAAAAUGGUGACAACUUUGUCAUUACCGUCAAGACAACUCUUCGUUCAAACACCAACUCCUUCACUAUUGGCAAAGAAGCAGAAAUAACCACCAUAGACGGAAAGAAGAUGAAGACUACUCCUAAACUGGUUGAUGGAAAACUCGUCAUCGAGACAGACUUGGGUAGUCAUGUGCGGGAGAUUCAGGGAGGAGACAUGGUGGAGACCUUAACGGCUGGGACCGCGACCCUCAUCAGACGAAGCCGAAGGGUGUGA